CUCAUCCAAGGUCCAUUGGGGUCCUACAAACCGUUGGGAACCAGCACUGGUGUCUCCUCCCUGCAUGAGGUAACGCCCUCUAUGGUCACGGAGAUAAAACGUCUGCUCCUUUCUGCUCUGUCCACGCACAGUUAGCGGUUCUUGACACGCCACUAAAGCGUGUGUUUGCCAACCCUGUUCAUUCCUGCCCAGCCGAAGCUUCCCGCUCCCAUGUUUUGAGCCCGCUCCAGUUGGAGACUCCAGUUCACCAUGUCCACCGGGUCUCUAAGCGAUGUCGACGAUGAGCUCCUUGACGGCAUCCUGAAGUUUGGCUCCUCUGGCAAAGACUCAAACGAGAGCACAGAAGAGAGCUCCAAUUGCGAGGGCACUUGCGCAAGCGACGACCGGAGAGGCGCGCCGGGCAAGAAAAGGAAGACAGCGUCCCGGAAAACGGCACCCAAGGGUGUCGCACAAAAGGAGGGCAAGCAGGUGCAGAGGAACGCGGCCAACGCCCGGGAGAGAGCCAGGAUGCGCGUCCUGUCCAAGGCCUUCUCCCGGCUGAAGACUUCCUUACCCUGGGUUCCGCCGGACACCAAGCUCUCAAAACUGGACACCCUGCGCCUCGCCUCCAGCUACAUCGCGCACCUCCGGCAGAUACUGGCCAACGACAAAUAUGAAAACGGAUAUAUCCACCCUGUUAACCUGACGUGGCCUUUCAUGGUUGCAGGUAAACCGGAGAACGAUUUGAAGGAGAUGCUGAAUACAACAAGGUUAUGUGGAACGACGGCGUCUUGAUGCAGCCACACGGACACCUCAGUAUGUUUCUCAAGGGAACCGCUCAUUUCCAAGAAAAACCUUGUGACUGAAAUGCACGUUUCGUCUCCGCAGGCUCUGAGUGGGAAUUACGCAGGGAGUAUGUCCUUUCAUUCGUUCCCGUAAAGAAAAGUAGAAUUUUAUUUAAACUCAUUAUGUCACUUAGUGUUGUCUUUGCUGGUUCAAAGGUAAACUAUGUGUAUUAAAUGGCUUGUUUAUACACUGCCGAUGCAUAUUUACUCAUGCAGGCCUGUUUUGGCAGCUGCGUUAGGCCUAUAUGGAUGGAAAAGUGUCCACUCCUUCAAAUGGUUGUACAGAUUACAUGUA